GCUCCUUGUUUGUUUUCUGGGCCAACAUCCGAACAAAGGCCUGCCCCUUUUCAUGAGGAUUUCUCUACCGCCAUCGUUACUUUACGUGUAAUCACGAUUACUAAAUCGGAUUACGAUACUUUUAUUAUAUUUCGAGACGUCAAUAACAGUCGGGGUAGCGUCCGAAAUGGAUGUGGAUCACCAUGAACCCUGCGGCGAGACUAAAUCGGCCAUGCAUACUUGGCGUUAUCGCCACCAUUUCACGUACAAGGCAGAUCAAGGGAAAAAUAUCAUCGUCCAGUGUAAUCUAUGUCUGCCGAGGGUUAAUCUGCUCUCCACGUCGAAAACCUCCACGUCAAACCUAAAGAAGCAUUUAGACAGAACACAUUUGGGCUGUGAAGCCAGGCCUGAUGCCAAGAGGGGAAGGAAGAAAGAAGAGCACAAUGGUGAAGAAAGUAGGCACUGCCAGCUGAAAAAACUUAAAGCAGAAAUCAUCUCCAAAUGCAUGACCCAAGCAAAGACUGAUGAUCUCAUUUUCAACUUCAUUGUGGAAGACUGCCAGUCGUUUUACGUGCUAGAGCAGCCAGGCUUCAGGAAGCUGAUUGCAGGCUUAACUGAAGGGCUAAAGUCCAUGGACAGGGUGACCUUGUUUACCAAGGUGGACCAGGGUUUUUCCAGGAUGCGUGAAGAGCUGAUGGCAAAGCUCAGCAACAUCCAGUACGUGUGCACCACGGCUGACAUCUGGACAGCCAACAACAGAAGCUUCUUCGGGAUGACCUGUCACUGGAUCGACGCAGAUUCUUUGGAGAGGAAGUCUGCUGCUCUGGGCUUCGCGCGGCUGCAGGGCCGGAUCACGUAUGACACCAUUGCCGGACGGAUACACGACAUCCACGUGGCGUACAACAUCGAGAGCAAAGUGCAGACCACGGUCACUGACAACGGCAGCCCCUUUAUGAGCGUGUUCAAAGAGUUUGCGAUGGACAGCACGGAAAACGACGAUGACAUUGGCUUCUACGAGAACGUCAGCGCAGUCCUCGAGGGCGAGCCGGAGCAGGACAUGCUCCUGUUUCUGCCCACCGUCCAGCGAUGUGCGUCUCACACCCUGGAGCUGAUUGUCACCGAGGACUUUUGGCAGGCUGUGUCGCAGGGGCCCAUGUGCCAGCUGCAUUACAGUGCGAUGGCCAAGUUGUACGCCAUCUGGAACAAGUGCCACCAUCUUCAGGUCGGUAUGGAUGCGGCGGAGGAGAUCGGGAAGAUGGCUCUUGUCGUCCCCGCCGUCAUACGCUGGAACGUGGAGUACUGUGCGGUGCAGAAGAUCGUCUCUCUCACCGAGCGGGAGCUGACCGAGCUGUGUGCCCGCCUGGAGGUCCCACGCAUGCAGCCAGAGGAGAUGGCCUUCCUCAAAGAGUACGUGACCGUGUUCCACCCGCUCGCGUUUGCACUUGAACUUUUCCAAGCGGAGCAGAAGUGCUACCUGGGGCUGGUCAUCCCGACCGUACUCAGUCUCAAGAACAAGUUAAAUGAGCAGAAAGACGCGGCCAAUUACUUUGGCGAUGUCAUCAGCGCCAUCGUGGUGGCCAUCGAUGUGCGGUUCCAGGAGCUGUUCGCCAGCACGGAGGCGAAGAUCGCGACAGCAACGACUCCUCAGUUUCGUUUGUGGUGGAUGGCGGCCUCCGAGAGGGAGGAGAUGUGCGCCCUGCUGGCCACGGAGGCCUCCCAGGUGGACCCCUGUAACGUGACAGAGACGAACCCCAGCCGCAAUCUGUCGACCAUCAAAUCUGAAGACGACUUCUUCAGCUACGGGCCCGUCAAGCCCGCCAUUCAGAUCCAGCAACGGGGAGUGAUGGAGGAGAUCCGCAAGUAUGUUGAAGGAACGGGGAAGAGCCUCGAGUGCCUGCAGGACUUCCCCAGAGUGAAGCAGCUUUUCCUUAAAUACAACACCACCCUGCCGUCCACAGCCCCCGUCCAACGUCUCUUCAGUCAGAAAGGCAACCUGGUCACCUCACAGAGAAACUUUCUGACCGACGACUACUUUGAACGCAUUCAGCUUUUGAGAUACAACAGCAACGUGUGCACUUCGGUCACUGAGUGAAUACAUUCCCAGUGACUCUCUCUCUAUCUCUCUCUCAGCCUUUGAAUUGAUGCAGAAUCAAACCAUAUUGUGCUAAAAUCAUUACAGGAAAACCCUGAGUUUUAUCUCAUUUCAGACAGUUUAGCCCAGAUGUGUUUUCUGUUUUCUAAUAUUCCUCCCCUACCUGUUUUGAUAGCAUAUAUCUUCCACUCCUGAAUGGCCUAAUGGAAAUAUCUAAUUGACAAUCAUGGACAAUGGCAUUCAAGGACUGACUAUUCUGACAGAAGCAUCUUUCUAUCUGUGCUAUUGUUGUGAUUUGAAGUAGCCACAGGGUUAAACUGAAGUGAUUUUGUCUUUCAGUUAAGCUAGUUUGUUUUUUCUACAGCUCUUCAAUGAGAAUGCAUCUCCUGUCUGUAUGUUUUAUAUCAUAUAUAAAGAGACAAGGAAAGAG